AAUUGGUUUGUAUCCCUAUCAGUGAAUGUACAGUGUGAAUCAUAUAAUAAACUGUUAACAAUUAAUACAUAUUUGAAGUGAUAAAUGUGUCAUCAGUGUCUUAUUUAUGCAGUUACUGAUUUCAUGUGGUCACCUAAACAGUAUGCGUACACCAGCGUAGAAGAUAGAUAAAAAGACCUAUUUAAAUUGUCGAGUUGCCACAUAAGAAGCACAACUCAAGUAAAAGGAAAGAUCCUAAUUUGAAGGCAUACUAGGCAAUCAGAAUAAGACCAUUGCACCAUGCCUCUUCCGAAACGGGUUAUAGAACCCGUGUACGUCACCAGAGGCACUCUACCCGAAGAUUAUCCAUUGCCAUCUGAGCUUGAGGGGGUUACUAAUGGAACUUUGGCGAAUACUGUGAGGCAAUUGUCCUCUUUGUCUAGACAUGCAGAGGAUUUAUUUGGAGAACUCGCGAGAGAUGCUCAACAGCUGUACGAUCGAUCAAACUCUCUACAAGCAAGGAUAGAUAGGCUGGCUAUCAAAGUAACCCAAUUAGACAGCAAUGUAGAAGAGGUCUCACUACAAGAUAUUCACAUGAGGAAAGCCUUUAAGAGUGCGGUAGUCUUUGACCAACAGAUAUUUUCAAGGGCAACAAUGCCGACAGCCAUGCUUGAAACCUACAAUUCAUGUGACAAACCGCCUCCUCUUGACAAACUAAACUGUUACCGAGAUGACGGAAAAGAUGGUUUGAAGUUCUAUACUGAUCCCAAUUACUUCUUCGAACUAUGGAGGCAGGAGAUGCUCAACGAUACAGAAAGGAUGAUGCACGACAGGGGAAAGAAACCUCAUAGGCCUAGAACGGAGGGCGGCCAAGGUAACAGACACAAGAAACGAGUGAGGCAACCUCAUAAUACUAGGGAAAGGCAGAAACAAAACGCAAGAGAACAUGGGGAGUUUAUUAUGCCACAGAAUACAAUCUACAGAACUCCUCAGCAACUGCAACAACCUACACAAUUACCACACGAAGAACUUGUUGUCGAGCAGCGCCCUCCUCGGCCAAAUUCCAUCGAGAUCAGACGUUCCUAUCAGCAGGAAGUCCCAGACGGUUUACAUUCCCCUACUUAUCCACCUUACGAAGAAAAUCCUUACCAACAUGGGUUGUACGGUCAAGGGCCCCUAAGUUCAGAGUCUUUGUAUGCCGGCGGUACUCCCACCAGAGGUGGACGAAUUCGACCUAGUCAGCCACCACCUGCACCACCAAGCAAUACCAGCACACCUUCCGCCAAUACACCAACGCGAGGUAGGAGCAUGUCGGCGGGACGAGACAAUUUGCCUCCCCCUCCACCACCACCUGAAGCAACUAUAUCACCUCCUAACGGUAUUCCAGCGCAUAUAGUCAGACAAUCGAGUCAGUCCAGGUCUAGCAGCCCGCACUCCCACCUAGCCACUCCGGAACCAAUACAAGACUUACCUCCUCCGCCACCUGCACCAGUGAAACAGGCCUCCCCACCCAAACAGCAAACUCCCGUAGCUCCCCCUCCGCCUCCACCGCCUCCUAUGCCGGUAUUAACCAAUGGGCCCACCACUACUCCGCCUCUGCUUAACGGAGACCUGGCCAAGAUUCUGAACUCUUCUACGCCACCCAAGUUGACUCCCGUUAAAGAUCGUCCGAUGACUAAACCGCCUAUGGCCGACCCCCGCAACGACCUUCUGAAAGCGAUACGUGACGGCAUCAAACUUAGGAAAGUGGAGAAGAUUGAACAGAAAGAAGUAGAACGUGGCAAUGGGUUACACGACGUCGCUAGUAUAUUGGCAAGAAGGGUGGCGGUUGAAUUCAGCGAUUCGGAUUCAGGAAGUGAUUCGGAGUGUGACAGUGAGGGCUGGGGAGAGAACGAAACGUCAGCGUGACACAGACGAAAGGCUAGUACAGCUAGCCAGGUGUACUAAGUGAAAACAACGAAUGUAAAGCAAGUGGAUCACGCUGUUGUCGGGAGAGACAUAUAAUAUUCGUGUAAGAAGUGGCAGAGUUUUCAAUACUGGCUUUGUGAAGAUAUUUUCGUCAAGUCUUAAAAGUUUUAAUUUAUUUAAUAAUCAGCAAUCUUUCUUGUUUCGAUGAUUAAUUUUAACUUAAUAAAAAGUUUUAGAGCUUUUGUUUUGCUUUUAAAGUUCAUCACAAAAUUAAAUUGAGAGUACAACCUGUACAGGGUGAUCACGUGAAAAUUGCUUUUCACAUUAUUUCCGUUAUAUAAACCGUUAAUCUGUUAUACAAUUCGUUAACAAACUCUUAAAUUUUGUGCUUCUUGUGUCGCAAAAAACUGAUGUAUAGACUGAAUUUGUGUUUUCUAAAUGAAACACUAUUUUUUUCCACAUCCGAAGAGGACGCUUUGAUGUAUUAGUGUUAGAUGUACACCGAGAUUCGCUAAUAUUUUGCUAAAAUUUAGGUAGAGAUUCCUUAAAGAAGAAGUCUUAUAAACAUGUCUCAAGAAAUACAUCGUGUUGGAAUUUUCAUAGAGUUGCUUUAUCCCCUUUUCCCCAUUCGGGCCGCACAGUGCUUUGCCCGUCGGAUGGUAAAUAUAACAUUUUUUGGAAUUUCGUGUACCUUAGUUUUUUAAACACCCUGUAUAUAAAAGUU